UGGGAAGAAGAGGCAGCAUGAGAGGCCGAUCAGGAAUCGUAUUUGUAGUUCUGUUUGCAGUUGGUCUCGUUAUCUUUUAUAUUUCAUGGAGGUCUUUAAUUUCACCUGAUGUCACCCCCAAAGAUAAUUUAUCUCCCCAAAUGAACCUUGGCAUUAGCAGUAAAGACCUUAAAAUCGGAGACAGAGCUUUUGUGAUGAAUAAUAACAGAGAAAAUCAACAAGUAAACAGAGGCUUUGAUAAUAAAUUACAGCAAGAUAUUUUCUCAAACAAAGAGCUGUUACACCAGGGCAAUCCACAUAACAGCAGAUAUGAUAUUUUACCAUCAGAAAAUGAUGAAAAACAGUCCUUGGAAAAUAAUAUGUUUAGAAAGAAGGAAAAAGGGGUUCCGGAAGGAAAUUAUCGCACUUUUGAUGAAAUAAAAAGCCCUGUUAGUUCAAUGAAAAGAUUGGUCCACCUAGAUUUAAAAGGAGCAGCACCAAAAAUGAACUAUUUAUUGGACUUAAUUCCAGUAUUGUCUAAACUAGGAGCCACAGGUCUUUUAGUGGAAUAUGAGGAUAUGUUUCCCUACUCUGGAAUGUUAUCAAACAUUUCAGCCUUGAACUCUUAUACUGUGAAAGAAAUAAAGGAUUUCCUGGAAAAAGCAAAUAGUUAUAAAAUGGAGGUUAUUCCGUUAAUUCAAACUUUUGGACAUAUGGAAUUUGUUCUCAAGUCAGUUUUCAAGGAUCUGAGAGAAACCAAAAGCACUCCUCAAGUAAUAGAUGUUACUUCUGAGCGAUCUUAUAAAGUUAUAGGUGAAAUGGUGAAACAGAUUUUGGCUGCUCAUCCGAGUACUUCUUAUUUACACAUUGGUUGUGAUGAAGCAUAUGAAUUUGGUCGUGGUGCAAGUUCUACAUACUUGAUAUCUAAAGGACUUUCUAAGCAUGAAAUGAUGAUAAAUCAUUUGGUAAAAGUAGCUGAAAUAGUCAAAAAGUUUGGGGACCAAAAAGUUGUACCAAUAAUUUGGGAUGAUAUGAUCAGGGAAGUUAGCAGUGAAUCAAUUAAGAAAGCUGAAUUGCCAUCAUUGGUUGAAAUAAUGGUUUGGAACUAUGGGGAUAAUGUUUUUGACAGAGUUAACAUGACCAUCUGGAAAAAAUAUGCAAGUCUUUUCAAAAAUGUAUGGAUCGCAUCAGCUUUUAAAGGGGCAUCUGGGAGCCGACAGUUUUUUGCUGAGCCACAGUACUACUUGAAAAAUCAUUUCAGCUGGCUAGAGGUGAUUUCUGCUUUGACCCCGGAAAUGAGGUUCAAGGGCAUGGCUUUGACAGGCUGGUCACGUUACGACCACUUUGCAACUUUGUGUGAGCUGCUACCUGUCAGUAUUCCAAGUCUGGCUGUUUGUCUUCAGACAAUGCAAAAUGCAGGAUUUACUCCGGAUAUUCAUUCAAAUGCAAGCAAGAUAAUACAAUGUGAUUCUCUAAUAGAAAUGGGUGUUCCAAAGAUAGAUAAACAUACCAAACUUCCAAAGAUUACUCAAAGUUGCAGAUUUCCUGGACACGAGCUUUACCAUUCAGUCCAAGAGCUGUAUGCUUACACAGAGAUGAGUCAGAAGCACAGGAUUGAUGGCUGGUUGUCUGAUUACCAGUUAGCUCACAAUUUUUCAAAUCCUGGUCAGCUUACUGUGAUGAGUAUGGGAUUAAAUAAGCAGAGGAAUUUUUACUUGCAAGUAUCAGUACCAUUAAAGUUUUAUCUUAGUAAGUACUUUGCUGAUGAUGUGGUAGAUGAAUGGAUGGAUGAAAAUGUGGAAGAAAGAAAAAGAUAUAUUGAUGAACUUCAGAAAAAGAUCCAGCGUUUGCUAGUACCUAAUGUUUGGAGUCGGCACCCUCUUCCACGUGUGCAAAUUGCUUUGCCUUUUGAUAAUGGACUCUCAAAAUUCGGUUCAAAACAGAAAUCAUCCAUCAAUGGUUUUGAAAAGCAAAGAAAUGCCCAAAUGGAAACACAAAGUUUGAAUUUCUCUGAGAAGAGAGAGAAAGUGAAAUUAAUUAAUGCAGAUGAGAGGCUGAAAGAAAAUGAAGUGACCAGAACAGAGGAUAAGUAUAGUUUGGUAAAAAAUGACACAAGGUAUUUAGGAAGAAAGUCUAGAAGAUUUCCUGCAAAACAAAACAUUUCUGCUAAUAACUUUCAAGACAUAAGCACUCCAAGUCAGCCAGUUUAUAGUAAAUACAAAGACAUUAUUCAACCAAAACUUGAUGAAGAUAUCCCAAGAAGUAAGGAUAAAACGGGCAAGCCUUACAAAAAAAGGAAAGAAAUAAAAGGGUAUUCAGGGUCGAUACAAAAUGAAAGGCGUGCAAAAAUGAACAACAUACCAGCGCAAAAAGUGAGAGGUGCUGCUGUAAGCUCUGAUGCAUUAAAAGAGGUUGAGGAAGCAAGUAAACUGUCAAACUAACAUUUGGGCAAAGUAAAUAUUAUGUAACCAUUAGAUUAGUGUUGUAAACAGCUAUCAGGAAAUUUUUGUAGUUAAAUAACUGUCACAGUAAAAUAUUGAAACUGUUGUACUGUAAUGCUUGCACUUCUUUAAAUAUUAAACUGUCUUCAAAAAUUAAUUUACAUUCCCAUUAUGAAUUGAUAUUUGAUAUGUUUAAUGUUUUGAAUGUCACUUUAGAUUAACUUAAACACAAGAAAGGUAACAUCAGGUUAACCUUGUACUAAGUAUCUGGAAUCUCUCUAGCCAUCAAAAUAAGCAUACCUUUUUCAGAAAAAAAAGUAUACCCUACUACAUUAUAAAAGUUAGAUUGACAUGUCCUAGAAGAGCCUAGGAGGAUAGUCCAUUUUUAAAUUAACUGAACAGUUGAAAUUACUGUUCAUUUGUGAGAUUAUAGAUGUUUUUGCUUUGUUCAAGAAGUAAUGCAUUGUUUGUUAAUAUUAUGUUUUUUAAUGUAUUUUAUGCUUCUUACACUAUGCUUAUGAACAAAUGCAUAAGAUUUUUAGUUCUGGACAUAAAGUGAACUUAUAAAGUGAAAAAAUGAGUAAUUAACCAUCCAUGUAAAUAUUAGGUGUUGUGUAAAAAUCAGCUUAUGUACUUUUUGUACUCUUCGCUUCUUUGCAAGGUCUGUUUUUUUUUUAAAAAAAAGAUAAAGUGUAUUGUGUCAUCAGUAUCGGCUAUUUAAAAAAAUGUUUAAUUUAUCUUGUUGAUACUUUCUUCAUAUGCCUAGCCAGCUGCAAGAAUUUUGACAAACACAUAAUGUAAAUAUUUAAAUCAUAACAAAUUCAAACUUAACAUUUGAUGCUGACAGUUAAUUGUUUCAGAAUGUUUUAAGUAUUUUGAUGAAACAGUGAUUGGAGAAAUUAGAUGAGAAAGGUUUUUUUUGUUUACCUUUCUUCUUAGAUAGGUUAAUGUGAUAUUUCUGUACAAUAUAAAAUUGAUUUUCAAAGUAGCCAAUUACAAGAGCAAUUCUAGACUGAUUAACAAUGUUUCUUUGUAUACAAAAGCUUUUGCUGAUAUAAUUUGAUGUUGCUUUUUUAAAAUUUAAAUUUGUAAUGCUUUUUGCAUUUAAUAUAUUUGGCUUAUAACAUGUAUUAAUUUUUGACUAUUCAAACAAUUUUUGUAUGUUUUUUUAAAUAUUUGUUUUUUCCACAUUCCAUUUUGUUUCAACAAUAAAUAUUUGUAUUAAAGUU